UUUUUAAUAUUGCCACCCCCGCUCUAAGACAAUGGUAGAUUCCACUUCCGGUCCACCCGGAAGUUUCGCGCGAUGGAGGGAGUAGACUUAGAAACUGCUGAGGAAGAAAGGCAGUCGGGCCACGGUCUUCCUGCAAGCCUGGAGUCCGAGGAUUGGAAGAAGAGCCAUUGGGGGCUCUUGGUCACUGGGGUUGUUGGUGGUGCACUGGUGACGGUGUAUGCCGUGGCUACGCCAUUUAUCACCCCGGCCCUCCGGAAAGUUUGUUUGCCAUUUGUACCUGCAACUUCGAAGCAGGUUGAAAAUGUUGUCAAGAUGUUGCGACAUAGAAGAGGACCCCUGGUGGACAUUGGCAGUGGCGAUGGACGGAUUGUGAUUGCUGCUGCAAAGGAAGGCUUCCCAGCCGUGGGGUAUGAGCUGAAUCCGUGGCUGGUUUGGUACUCCAGAUACCGUGCCUGGAGGGAAGGCGUGCACGGCUCUGCCAAGUUUUAUAUUUCCGAUCUCUGGAAGGUCUCCUUCGCACACUACUCCAACGUCGUCAUUUUCGGUGUGCCCCAGAUGAUGCCACAGCUGGAGGAGAAGCUGGAGCUCGAACUUGUGGAUGAGGCUAGAGUCAUCGCCUGCCGCUUCCCGUUCCCACGCUGGACUCCGGACCACACGACUGGAGAGGGCAUCGACACCGUGUGGGCGUAUGACAUGAGUGCUUGCAGAGCGCGGGAAAGACGGUCUGAUCAGGAGGCAGCCGGGCUGCGGGCCUCCUCAUCUGAGACACAGAGCAAGCCCCUUGACAUUGAAUGACACGUUUCCGCUGCUCUCCUUCCCUUCUCGAGAAAAUGAACAGAAGCUCAGAAACACUCAAGUGUGAACUCUGCUGCUUUUUAAAGGGCAGUUUCACAGCCUGGGCUGGCCUUGAAUUUGCUGAGGGUGAUGACCUUGGACUUCUGAUCUUCCACUUCCCCUCCCCAGAACCUUGAGCCCUUAGUGGAACAGUCUGGAUGUGCUUGCUACCUUUGCAUGCACUAGGGGACGUGAGGACACACCUAAGUGACAGUCUGUGGGGCAGAAGGAGUCGUCUCAGCAGUAUGGUUUAGUGGCUCAGGUGAAGAGGACGGGCCACUUAGGCACACAUCUGAAGUUUCCUGUAGUUUUGUUCAUAACUGAGAUUUAUCUCCUUUCUGUAGUUUGUAGCUAAAUUAAUUUUCUAGAAGAUUCAGGGUGAUAGUUAGAUUUUAUAAUACUUGCAAGGAAUGUUUUACUCUAAGGCUGGUGGCUUACCCUACUUCAUUGAUUGAUUAUACACAUGUACAAUUGUGUGUAAAUGGACUGACUGUGUAAUGUGCACAUGUUUUGACAUGGGCGAAGUUGAGAUAAAUUGCACAUGGUUUUAAUUGGCA